GGUGCAGGCGGAGGGUGGCCCACGACGCCCCGCGGGUGCCUGUGCUAGGGCCGCCCUCGCCCCCCGCCCCGUGCCAGCCCUCGCCGGUGAGUCCUGCAGUUGGGAUCCCACCGCGUCCAUCAGCACAGGUCCCAUGGCGCUGGGCCGGGCCGUGCUGGUGCUGCUGGUGCUGAGCCCCCUGUGGGCGUGUGGGGCUGAGCUGCUGGAGCCAGGGCUGCCCUGGGGCGGGCAGUGGGUCUGGGGGGAAGCCAAGCCCCUGCCCCUCUCCCGUGGGAAGAGGGAUGACAGUGGGCAGGAGCCCGGUGCAGCCACGAUGAUCGGCAGUGACAAGAGCGAUGGUGGCUCUGUGCCACCACCAGCAGCCGGCACCGAGGCCAGCCUGCUCCGAGUGCCAACCACAGCCGAUCCCAGGCGUGAUUCCCCUGAGCCUGAGCUGCUCCUGAGCUCUGCAGCACCAGUGCCCAGCACCAACACUAGCCUGCUCCAGGUGCUUGCAGUGUCCACCACAGCCGAGCCUAUGGAUGAGACAGAUUCCCCAAAACCUGAGUUACUGGAGGACUCUGUGGCACCAGCCGUGCCCAGUGCCAGCACCAGCCUGCUCUGGGUGCCUGUAGUGCCCACCACAGCUGAUCCCAUGGAUGAGACAAAUCCCCCUGAUCCCGACCUGCUCCUGAGCUCUGCCCCACCACCAGCACCCAGCAGCGAGGCCAGCCGGGCACUGGUGGUGCCAACCACAGCUGAUCCCAUGGAUGAGACCGAUUCCCCUCCUCCCGAACUGCUGCCAGACUCAGAGCCUGCCACACCGACAGCAGCCCAAAAGAGCAUGGCCACCACCACCCCCAGCUGGCUCAUCGAGGAGGACGCAGUGACUGAUGGCCUGGACAGCAGCUCCUCCACGGGGCCGCGCUCAACAGCCCCCCCAGCCUUUGUCCUCACCAGCACGGGCUACAGGAAACCCAAGAAAUCCGGAUCUCCGCCUGCAUCGACCCUCCCGGCCACUUGGGACACGACGCCGGUGGCCACCGCCGUAUCCUGGGAGCCCAGCUGGGUGAUGAGCAAGUGCCUGCUGGCCAUCCUGCUGCUGGGGCUGGUGGCCGCCACCUUCCUGGUGUGCACGGGGGUGCUGGGGACGCUGCUGUGGCGGCGGGCGCGGACGGGGGAGCGCCGCUUCAGCCGCACCGAGAUGGUUUGUAUCUCCUCGCUGCUGCCCGACGCCGAGGCGGCCGCCGGUCCCCGGCCGGUCCCCGCUCGGAGGCACAAGCUGCUGCUGCCCGACGGCAGCACCGAGCCCGAUGGAGACAACCUGACUCUCAGCAGCUUCCUGCCGGAGCACUCCUGAGCCCCAGGGAUGGCUCUUGCAUCCCGCAGAGCUGCGGGGCCGCGGGCAGGGUGCCCCUGUCCCCCCGGUGUUUUCGCUUGGACCACUGUGACGGAGCUGCGCCCCCGAGGCGCAUCCCAUUAAAGAGUUACCCGGACACGGUGGUCUUUUCCUGGCAGGGAGGGCACUCGCCAGCCCCCUCCCGGCCCCGCCGCCUGCCCACAUCCUGCUGCCAAAAUUUCGCUUCUCCAUACUCCCCCUCAAAGCCCCUGGGGGAGCAGAAACGAAACCCGCAGUCGCUCCUCGCCAGACAGGGACCAGACCCCGGGACUUUGGGGAUGGGACCGCAGCCCCCGGGACCUCCUGCCCGCUUGGGCUCGGCCUCGUGGGAGCGGGAAGGGCGGGGGGGACGGGGCGGAAACGCGGGGGGACGGGGACAGGGACAGGACGGGUGCGCUCGUGGCACAACGUGUUCCUGCCUGCGGUCGCUGCAGCGAGGCGGGGACGCCUCCGGAGGCUGAGCUGGCCGCUGCCUGUCAGGUGCUCGGCCCCAGGGAGAACGGUGGCCGCAGGGUCUCGGCAUCGUCCAGCUGGGACUGGGAGGAAUGGGGAGAGCAAAUCCAUGAGAGGGCAGCGAAGGUUCUACCAUUUCCCCCGCUCAGGCAGGUGUCAGUCACCCCUCAGGCCACCAGCUGAUCCCUUCCUUGGGGGAGUGGAAAUAGGCCAGGACUGUCCUGCCAGGCUCAAUGUCCCCAUUUUUCCAUUUUGCUCCACCCAGGCUCCCCAUCCCCACAUCCCCAUCCCUGCUGUUACCAGCUUCAGUGUCCCAUCUUUCCAUCCUCACCCCUGCCCUGCCAGAU